GUGGAAGUUCCAUCUGAGUGUUGUCCAAUGUCAUUGGCUGUUUAGUGAGAAUUUGACCACCUGGAACAUUGACAACAAGAAUUUAAAGACAAUAGAACCACUGCAGAUAAUUUGGUGACGAUAUUAAUACAUCCUGGGCCACUCCUUAGAGAGAGCGAUAAACAGAUCGAGGUUUAAAUUGACCCCUUGAACCCCCUGGUGUCCACUGUCCUUGCUUUGAGGAGAAGAGGUUGUUUGGCUCACAUUGAGGUCAGUUAUCUUUAGCCAGUGUUGAUGAAAGCGUAUUCUGGAGACAUUUUAAAGGAGCUUGGAAUGGAUGGACGUGGGAUCAGGCACAAAGGAAGUGUCCUAAGACUGUCCUAAGAACCUGCACUGGUCAACAAACCACUGGGAGCUUGAACGCACAAGGCAUGGUGUGUAGAAGACCAGAACGUCUCUGGGGGGAGAAAUUAAUGACCUUGUUUGACUUCUAACCGAACUGGACUUUGCUUCUGGUUGCUAUUUUUGUAAUUUGACGUCUGUGUCCAGAUAACGAGAGAAGCAGAAGAGAACGAGAGGCAGAACAAAGCAGAACUACAGGUGGGUAGAGAGGAAGACAGAGAGACGGAGGGUCAGUAGAAAAAGAUAGAUGGUCAUGGGAGAGGCUGGAGCGUAAAGGAUCGAGUCUUGGUGCUGCAGGGCACACACUCGGCCAACGAGGAGCAAAACAAACCGGAACAGACUCCAGCAUAAUAACGCAUCUGUUUGGGCUGGGGUUACUAUAGGGCAUUGGCCGCUGUGCGUGCGCGUGUGACAAACACUGCAAUCAUGUGGCGCUAGUCAGCGCAGGAUACCGCGCUCAUAUAUAGUGGCUUCUCCCAGUUGAGGAUCUGCCAAAUGAAACCAGGUGAAGAGUGCUGACCGAGGAACUUCUGCAUGGUUCUUGGGAUGAAUUAGCUUUCUGGACCAGUCUGAAGAUUCCUGAACGUUGUAAAUCAGCGUCUUAUGUUUGCAUGGACAGUUUUCGGUAUAAUCCACUGGCGUCUUUGUUGCACAAAAGCGUGAGGACUUUGAGAACUUGGACCAGACUUGGACUGAGGUCAGAAGAUUCAGCAUUUUAAAUCUGCUAAUGUUGGAAUAGAGAGUCUUCAGUAUAAGCUAGAAAACGGCGUGCAUUGAGGAGCAUUUGGAAGAUUUUGGACUUUAAUAUUAGUUCAUAGGUUCGGGAAACUGAAUCCAUACUUGGCGCUGCCGGUGAACCGGUGAUUGUGGGUAAUGGAGUCUGUGACGGAGGGUGCCCAAAGGGACUGGGAGGCCCUGCUGGAGGUGAAGGAAGCCCUGGCCGGGUGGUUGCUUCAGGGCUCAGCCUGGGGAGACCCUUGGUCCUCAAGCUCUUCUGAGAGUUGGACGGAGGAGGAAGAGGAGGAGGAUGAGGAGUUACCUGCCGUUCUCAGCCCCACCUAUAAGCAGAGAAAUGAAGACUUCAGAAAGCUCUUCAAGCAGCUGCCCGACACGGAGCGGCUCAUUGUGGACUACUCCUGCGCUCUGCAGAGGGACAUCCUCCUGCAGGGUCGACUCUACCUCUCUGAGAACUGGAUCUGUUUCUAUAGCAACAUCUUCCGCUGGGAGACGCUGCUGACAGUGCGUCUGAAGGACAUCUGCUCCAUGACUAAAGAGAAGACAGCACGUCUCAUCCCCAAUGCCAUCCAGGUGUGCACAGACACGGAGAAGCACUUUUUCACCUCGUUCGGGGCGAGGGACAGGACGUAUAUGAUGAUGUUCCGGCUCUGGCAGAAUGCCCUGCUGGAGAAGCCUCUGUGUCCUAAGGAGUUGUGGCACUUUGUCCAUCAGUGCUAUGGCAACGAGCUGGGGCUGACCAGUGAUGAUGAGGAUUACGUCCCCCCCGACGACGAUUUCAACACAAUGGGGUACUGUGAAGAAAUCCCAGCUGAAGAGAACGAGGUCAGUAAUGAUAACUCGUCUAAGAGCAGCGGAGAGAAUAAGCCGGACAGCAGCCCUCCAUCCCACAAGAGGUCCAUCACACACUCCACCCUCAACUCUACAACUCCACCCAGCAGCACCGACAUGCCACUGUCUUUUGACAUUGCUCCUGAGGAGUACACAGACUGCCUUGCUGACAGUGAGCUGCUGCCGCUGCCCCUGCUGGCGGAGGAGAGGAACUGCGAGCCAGGCGGAGGUCAGCUAGGCCCAGUGCCCUCACCAUCACUCGACUUUAACGAUAAUGAGGACAUACCCACAGAGCUCAGCGACUCCUCAGACACACACGAUGAGGAAGUGGAGGUCCAGGCGUUCCAUGAAGACCUGAAUGGUCGUCAGUACAUUAAUGAGGUGUAUAAGUUCAGUGUGGAUAAGAUGUACUCGUUCCUCUUCACCGAGUCGCAGUUUAUGUCUGACUUCAUGGAGCAGAGGAGAUUUACAGAUAUUGUCUUUCACCCUUGGAAGAAAGAGGAGGCGGGGAAUCAGAAGAGAGAGAUAAUGUACACCAUCUCCCUCUCCAACCCACUAGCACCCAAAACAGCCACCGUCAGCGAGACUCAGACUCUGUACAAGGCCAGCCAGGAGAGCGAGUGUUACAUCAUCGACGCGGAGGUCGUCACUCAUGAUGUCCCUUAUCACGACUACUUCUACACGCUUAACCGCUACGCGCUGACCCGCGUGGCCAAGAACAAGUGCCGGCUCAGGGUUUCUACAGAGCUGCGCUAUAGGAAGCAGCCGUGGGGGCUGGUGAAGGGCUUCAUUGAAAAGAACUUCUGGAGUGGGCUGGAGGAGAACUUCAGGAGCCUGGAGCUCGAGCUGGCUAAAGCAGAGGACACUCUGUUAGAGUCCCACAGGCCAUCUCCUAAAGCUAAAGCGCUGAAGAGCUCCACCCUGAGGCGGAGAAAAAGGCCCCUUCCACAUCUGCGAACGCCACAUCUGGAAGAAACACUCAGCCCUGUAACUACGCCCACCGACGAGGAGGUCAUCCAGCGGAUCAAACACGUGGCAGGCUCCACCCAAACAAGACAGACACCUGAACACACCCCUGCAGGCGGGCCUUUCUGCAGCAUCUCCAAACUGCUGCUCAUUAUCAGUUUUGUGAUCUGCAUAAGUCUGGUGCUGCUGGUUUUUCUGAACAUGAUGCUGUUCUAUAAGCUGUGGAUGCUGGAGUAUUCUGCACAGAGCCUAAUGACCUGGCAAGGCCUACGCUUAGACAAGAGUAAGUUACCACAGACGCAGCUGGAGUGGGCUCAGCUCCUGGAGUCUCAGCAGCGCUUCCAUGAAGCUGAGCUGCAGAAAUGGAGAGAAAUAAUCAAGUCGUCAGUGCUGCUGCUGGACCAGAUGAAGGACUCGUUGCUGAGUCUCCAGAGGGGAGUGACUUUAAGAGACUUUGGCUCGGACUCGGAUGAGAAGCAGAGUCGAUACCACUGAAGCUGCACUUCCCCUCCAGGCCACCAGGGCGCACCGUGCAAUGUAGAGCCACGUGUGAGUGAGUGAGUGUGUGUGUGUCCGUGAACAUACAUACCAGACCGAGAGAGGCAGAAAACACAGGGGCCUAUCUGUGUAUGAGCAUUUGACUCCUGCCAAGCAGAGAAAUGAGAGGAAAACAGCAAAGAAAGAGAGGGGGGCCAUUAGCCACCCACCUCAACAGAGAACCGAGCGCUAGAACCAGCACUGGACACCAACGGACAGUCUCUUCCUGUGGAAUCACGAGAAAGUAACGUUUCACCGAGCCGGACACUCUUCUCUGUCAUCUUCCCCUCUUUAUCUCUGCCUUUAGUUUUCUGAAGACACGGUACUGUUAGCAGUCUUUAGCUGCUGGCGGUCGCUUACUGUUAGCAGUCGCUACGAAAACAGAUAAGCCAUGGUUUAAAGAAGCAGACUGGAGUCAAAAUGAAGAGCAUGUUUUGUUUUUUGUUUUUUUAAGGAGAUUCUUCUUUAUCCUCUUGUCCGUCAAGCAAAGUGGUUUGACCCCUUUUCUUUUGGAUUAGGACAAGGCCAGUGAUGUCUUCUUUUAGUCUCCAGGGACUCUGGACUUCCUGACUGUAAGGCUGCGGUGUCCCUUUUCUUGUCACAUCGCCUUUUUUUAGAAGUGUUGAAUUGAGAACCAUUAGCCAACAGAGGAAUUAGACCUCCACAUUUAACCCAUCCGUGCAGUGAAACACCCACAUACAUGCACACUAGUGAACACACACACUAGGGGGCAGUGAGCACACUUGCCUGGAGCGGUGGGCAGCCCUAUCCACAGCACCCAAGGAGCAGUUGGGGGUUAGGUGCCUUGCUCAAGGGCACUUCAGUCACGUACUGUAGGCCGAGGGGUUCGAACCGACGACCCGGUCACAAGGCUGGUUCCCCGACCUCCAGCCCACGACUGCCCCCUUGACUGAGUAGAAGCACUAUACUCUUAAAAAAAAGCAAAAAAAAGGCCUUUUGGAGGUUUAAAGGUUUGGACAUGAAAGUUUUUAAUGAUGCUGUGUGGUUCUUGGCUCUCUGAAGAACCAGGUUAACAUGGCAUUGAUCAAGAACGAUAGAUGCUAAUAGCAUAAGCUAAGGCAGUGCUACAUUGGUGAAGUGCCUUGAAUCCCUAACCAGUUCUAGAAAUUUCUUUGUGGUUCAACAUAGAACUUAGAUUGAAUGGCAGAGAUCCUUCAAUUGACCAUGCCAUUCACGGGUGCUUUAUUGAGUCCUCUAGACAUUUAUGAAGAGUGACUUUUGCUUGAAGAAACCUUGAGGACCAGAUAGAACGGUUCCUUGGUGGCUCCUUUGCACACUCCAAGCAAACCAGUGCCACCUGACCCCAAACUAUGGUCCUGUUGUUCCCAAUCUUACUGAGUUAUUCAGGGAGAAAAUUUCUGAAGCAUUUUGUGUCAAGAAAGCAGUGAUGGUGGGGCUUAAUGUGUCAUAUAGAUCAAGAACAAUAUUAAUGAGGAAUUCCACCUGCGUUAUUUAAUGAUUGAGAUGUAAACAAAGUCAUUUCGAGUUUGUUGUGAAAUGGUUCAUUUUAGAGUCUUCUUUACAGUGGUGAUAGGAACCUGGGGUCAUGGUAUCUACAAUACAAAUAUAGCCAAUUAAUUUACUAUCCAAAAUGACCAAUGAACCUCUGAGAUUAAUAUCGUCACUGUCCAAUGAAAAAAAUUGUAUCUGGGUCGUUCUACAGAAAUGUCCAUUUUUGUCUCCCUAGCGUUUAUAGAUAUAGUACACUCAAAAACAUGUUAGGGUUACAAUUGUCGUACAUUUUCAAAUAAAACAAUGUUAUUUUAACAAUUAUACCUUCUUCAGCCAUUAAAUUAGCAAUAUUGGUUUUUAAAUCAAUUAUCUAGAAUUUCAAGCACGGAAGUGCUCGUCCUCAUAGUCAUGUGUAAAGGGGGAGAGACAUAUUUUGAAGAAAAAACACAUUUUUCUGCAAUUUUAACUACAAUAAUCUAUACAUGACUAUGGAAUAUAUAAAGUAAAUGACAUAAAGAAAA